AGAGAGCAAGGGAGACAGAGAGAGAGAGAGAGAGAGAGAGAGAGAGAGAGAGAGAGAGAGAGAGAGAGAGAGAGAGAGAGAAUAAGAGGUUCUCUGUUCAGAGUUUAGGAGGAGAAAAUGGAUUCCGACUCGGGGGAGCAGAGUGAGGGGGAUCUCUCUCCAGGCCAGGAGUGUUUCAACUCUCGCUCCCUGGCCCUCCAGGCACAGAAGAAGAUCCUAUCCAAGAUGGCGACCGUGGCGGUGGCCAACCUCCUGACAGACGACGUCAGCAGUGAGAUCCUGGACGAGCUGUACAAGGUCAGCCGGGAGUUCACCAAGAGUAAGAAGGAGGCCCACAAGAUCGUCAAAGACGUCAUCAAGAUCGCCCUGAAGAUCGGUAUCCUGUACCGCAACCACCAGUUCAGCCCAGACGAACUGGACACGGUCGAACGCUUCAAGAAGAAGAUGAACCAGGCAGCCAUGACGGCGGUCAGCUUCUACGAGGUGGACUACACGUUCGACCACCGCAUUCUGUCAGAGUUGCUGCUGGAAUGCCGGGAUCUUCUGCAUGCGCUGGUGGAGCAGCACCUGACCCUGCGGUCGCACACUCGCAUCGACCACGUGUUCAACCACUUUGCCCAUGGGGAGUUCCUGGCCGAACUGUACGGAGACGGAGAGGAUUACAGACUGUACCUGAGGAAGAUCUGCAACGGGAUCAACAAACUGCUGGACGAGGGAACGCUUUAACCUCUGACCCCUGAUCUCUCACCUCUCACCUGACAUUUGACCUUGCUCCUCCCUUCCUAUUACUCAAUCUCCAUGGUUGUGGCUCAAUAAUCCCCCUUUCUCCUGAAGUGUGCACUUGUUCACUUCCCUUCAUGGAUUUGAAAGGAAAUUAUUGGUAUAUGGAACUUCCUUGUAGCCCAUGCCUACACUAAUCUAAUAUUUUUACAUUUGUGGGGAUUAGCAGAUGAGUGCACACUUCAGGAAGAAGGAGAGAUUAUUGGGACACACUCCUCCUCUUCCUCUGGUCUCUCCACAGAUCUGCUUUCCCUCCUCUCAUUCCUUCUCUCUUUAAAAACCCUGAUCUGUUCUGUUCUACCUUUUUCCUCCUGUUCUCCCACUUCCUCCUCUCUUUUCUCUCCUCCUCU